ACUCCUUAUGAUAUCUGCGCCCGUCGCGCCACUGAGAGCCUUUUCAUCUUCCACCGCCGAGGAGUACUCACGACUCACGCGCGCUGCUGAGCGAGGUUAUUUAAAAAUGGCGGACGCGUCGUCUUCCGACACUACCUCAGACUGUUGCAACGAGUGUUUCUCUGACAUUACAUCGGAAAAAUCUGAAUACGUCGUGGUGGGUAGGAAGCCGUGUCCGUCUCAUCGACGUAGCAAACGGCAUUUUCUGCAGAAGCUGUUGAUAAGAGAGAUGAGAGGAUGUCUCUCAGCGCACAAUUAUGCAUCAGAAGAAAGACUGUUUGCAACAGUACCUAAGUGGCGACAUUUGUCUUUGUUACACGUAAUGCCAAAGUCGGCAUUGGAAGCAGGGCAUAUUAUUAUGGGAUUAACACAAUGUGGUCAAUUUCUGCUCACAUAUACAUACACGCUGGAGGUCAGUAACACAUCCCUGUAUAGAUACCUGCUGCAUUGGUGGGCUUUCACACCGAAUCGUGUUGCUCGAAAAGUUGCUGAAGUUACAUUGUUUGGCAAUUAUACAAUUUAUAGAGAAUUAAGCAUAGUUAUAUCACAGUGGCCAAUGGAGCGUAAUAAGCUUGUGAUACAUGGCCUUUGUACAAAUUUCUUACCGUUACAACUGACUGAUAGAGCGUAUUUAACGAUAACGACAGUGCCGUCUCUCGAGAACUGUAAGGAUUGCUUAAAGGUUGCUGCAGCAUAUGAGGAAGAGGGUGAAGAACUAGCUGCAAACUGGGACAGCUGCGUGCGAUGUAAUUGCCUGCAGCAUGGACUCACAGUGCACACCACGUAUGAAGUUAUUUCACCAUAUCCAAAAUUUCGGGCCACAGUAUGCUUGAACUACUGGAACCACGUAGUGGUCAAUACGGGGAAUUUCUUGCAUGUGCUCAGAGUGGACUUGAAUAUACCCAAGUCGAAGAAUCAGAAAGCCUGCGACAAGCAAGAUUCCGUGGUCCCGGAUACAAUUCCACUGGAUAUGAGUGACGUCGAGGAGACGGACUACUCGAGGACAGAGCGAUACGAAAGUUCAGACGAGAAGGUGGGCACGCCAGAAUGCUCGAUCGACCGGUCUCCCAAAUGCGAAUCAAUCGUGGAGCAGGACUUCCUGGACGAGCCAGCGAUUAAGCUAGAUGAUAAGUUAGGACGUGAUUUACCGUUAAAUACCUCGAGCAGCAAUCAAAGCGACUGUGUCUGUGAUAUAAGUAAGUCUACCGACGCUUUAAGUGUUAAGUCGUGCGAAUGCACGGACGAAUGCAAGUGUAACCGGAGUAACAGCAGUCCCGUGUCGCGCGUCAACGAGCAAACUGCCAUAUCGGUCCGCGACAAGAUCCUGCAGGACUUCUGCGAGGACAUGACGCAGGAGCUCAACAUCGGUAACGAUCUCAUCACGCUGGUGAAGCAUCCGUCGUGCUCGCCUCGCUCGACGCCGCAGAGAUUACCAGCCGAUCUCAAGGCGAUGACGUCGUGGUCGUCGCCGAUCCUCACUCCGCCCUCGGAUAUCCUGCGCACCCGCAACUCGGAAUCUAGUCAGCACAAAGUCACCCAGCGUGCGGCGAGCCAACGUCCGAGUUCGCCGCAGCCGGGCGCGUCUCAGGACAACAGUAGCGGUAACGUGGCUUCCAUAAAUUCGCCGCUGCAGUCCGUGUCGAUCAGUCCCUCUUCUUCGUGCUCGCCUCGCCUGAUGUCACCGCCAAUCACGCGCUCCUUCCGUCAACCAAGUCCGCGCAAGAGAUCGAGCUUACAUUCACCGCCGCCCGCCAUCGUGAACACGACGCAGUCCAGGACCACCCGAGCGACGCACAAGCUUAUCCUCGAGGCGGAGAAGGCGUACGAGUUUACCGACGAAGCGCAAGAGAUGUGUGAGAAACUCAGCUCGUUUAGGAAACGUAGACUCGCUGACAAAAAGUACGAGUUCUGCGACGAAGCGGAAGACGCGGAGAAUAUAGUUCCUUUCAAGCACAUACGCGAUCAAUUCAGGCAUCGCACGUGUUCUAUACACCAGAUACCCUCUUCCCCAGCGAUGUCGCCGGUAUUGCCGAACGGUAGGAGGCAUUGGGUUGACUCGGAUCAGAGCGAGUCGGAUGAACUGAAUCUCAAUCAGGACAUCAGUAUAGCGAAUGACUUGUCAAAUUCCGAGACAGCCGAGAAAAACGUACUUCGGCCGUUGAACCAGAAUCAGUUGUCCAACGGAAGCGUAUACAGAGAUCGCGUUGGCAAGUGUUGUCCGAGUUUCUCCCCGUUAGUUCCUCGAAAUAACUUGCAAUAUCCUACAAUAAAAUGCACCGCGUGUUUCAAACGGAGCUAUAUAGAGCUCGACGACGAGAUGAUAUCGGUGAUCACAGACGUGGAAGAUGAAGAGACAGGAGGGUAUGUGAGUUACCAAUGUGUGCUUCCAAUGCAUGUGCAUGGUUCCGGUUAUGUUCAGAUGCAAAUGAUCAGCAACAGUAAAGCGGAAAAACUGAUAGUUCCGAUAGUCUCUAUAACUCAACUGAGUUUCGAUAUUGAGACUUUCUCUCACCAUAUAGCAGAUUGGAUCUGCACGAGAUUCAAAAAGAAGUAUUGGCAUUGCAGCGACUACGACAUCGAGAUUAUCGAUGUAUGCGCACUUAGCGGUGACAUAAUAUGUUUGCAUAUAAUGAAGAUCCAAGCGAGUGAAUUAUGUAGUCAGACACAAUGUUCGCAAGAGAGAAAGCUAUAUGAAGUCGGAUGUAAGUUUACAUGGAACAUCGAUACAAGCCAAUAUAGAAUAACGGACGUAUUGCCGAUGGAGGAAGUGAAACCAGAAUCUUUCAAGCAGAGUCUCACGGAUGUACCGAACUUUCGUAGUCCGUUGUGGAAUCCGACGCGUCGCUUGGCUGCGCAGUUACGCGAGAAAAUCCAGCAACCGUAUGCGCACACUGUACGUUUUCUUCAUAAUGAGAUGAGCUUAACAGGUUGGUAUGUCUUCGAGAGUUCAUUAUUUUCUGUUAGAAACAGUUUAGCGUACCCCAAAUCGAUUACAGGCGAAUCUAUAACCAAGCUCACCGAUCUGGACAAUCUGGUGCAGUUCUACAUCACGCCGAUACCAAACGACGCCUUAAUAGAGUGAAGAGACUAAGAGUUAUUAUACUUCUUCAUUGCAAACAA